UUCUGUUCACUUUUUUUCUGUCAGUGUAGAUGUAUCGACAGAUGCAUGUUAAAAAAAAUAUUUCAGGCUUGAUUGAGAAAGCUUUAAGAGGGACAUCAUUUCAUAUUAUUAAAAGAAAAAUUCCAGUUACUAUGGUACUAUGGUAUAGUGCCAUAUUUUCUUGGAUUAGUGGGUUCUUAGAAGCAGUUAUUUUGGAAGACCACCACAAGAUGGAGCCAAUGAUCCAAUAAAUGUUUUUAGGCCAAAAAGACAAUUGUUGAUUGUUGGACAAAUUGCAUUAGAGGUCUAUGUGCAUGUGACUUUACCCUAUUUAAGAUUUACAGCCAUGUUAUAGUGUCUUUGUACUAGCAUUAAACUAAACUUACUGGUUAAAUGUGGACAGUCAUAUAUGAAAUUUGCCAAUAUCUGCUGCCUGAUUUUAAACUUAACGUAAACGUAAAUGGUCAUGAUGAGUACUGGAUGUUGAACUAUAUCGCUGUUAACCCUGUAAUACUUGAUCAUUUUAUCAUCCUCAAGGGCAAGUCAGAUGGCUUCUGGGUCCAUCUGAUACUGAAGGCACUUGGUGAGUAUGCUCUCACUGUCUCAAUUACCAAUUACUCCCUCAUUGAGCAAUCUGUCUUUCCCUCAAUUUCUCUCCCGCUUUUCUCUGUGGCUCUUGUGAUGUAUUGGUUUUCUGCUCGACUUCUUCCUUUAAGUGCCGCACACUGCUGGCAGUGUUUUGGCCUUCCUGCCGGCUUACAAAGCAGCCCCCCUUUUAACAGGCUCACUGGCGGGGAUCAGCUGAAUCCUGGGCCCUUUAUUGUGCCACCAGUGUUGUUAGCCAGGGAAAAGCUGCAGCACAAAUUCACGACUUGACUUCUUAAAUUCCACGCCAGGGAUCCUUUCAGGGUGAAUAAGGGUGUGAGGAAGCCUCUCUAUUGUAAAACACAUGUCCCAGUGCUCCUGAGAUCUCUUCACACUUUUCUGAUGCUUUCUUUUUGCCUCCUCUGUGUGGUGCCCCAUCAUGAGCAUCUAUCUAUCCUAGCAGGAAGUACAUCAACCUAACAACAGUCCUGCAGGUAGCUUUAGAGCUUUAGAAAACCAGUCCGGGAUAUUGUAUACUUCACUGUACUUAAUUUUUUUCUGCCACAUCAACUCGCAUCAAGUCUAGCAAGAAAAUAAAUUAGAUGUUUUGAUUCCGGCCAUAAAUAUAUGAUAUAAUAUUUUACGUGAUUCGUUAAAUACAAUGUCUGACCUCUGACUUUUCACAUACAGCUCAUAACUGAUUUCCCAAUUGUCAACUGAGCACAUUUUUUUUUUUAUUAUUAUCAAAGCUGAACCACUAUUGAAAGCUGAACCAUUAUUCUGACUGAUCUUCAGCACAUGAGGAACAUAGUGAGCAGGGCCAUGUGUGCUAGAUGUGAGAGAACAAGAAAUCACUGUGCCAAGCAUGGUGACAGGGGACCCCUGCUUUAGAAGCAGGGAAGUGGGGGGAGGAACUGGAGUUUUGGACUUUUUUAAGAGAAAGUCAAGCUGGUAUUGACCCUGCAGCAGUGUUUCUCCACCAUGGUUCUGGGGCCCACUGUUCUGCACAUUUUAGGCAUUUAAACUGUGUUACAUUUAAUUUAAUAAUAGUCUGUUAAUAAGCUAAUUGGUUUGAUAAACAGGUGUGUAAAUGUGCUGAGAGAAAACACUAAAAAGUGCAUGGCUUUGGGCCUCCAGCGCCAGAGCUGAGAAGAAACACUGCCCUACAGCAUACAGUACAUAGCCGCACACCUUUGCAAGAGACUCUCCACUGAGGGUCAGUGCAGGGGCCCAGUCAGUCCCUGCAGAUGGUCCCACAAGACGAGCUUCACACCUUUUAAAAGAAAUGUCUAAAAAAAACGAGUCAGUCGGACAGGACGUGAACCUUUAAACCCGAGCUACUCGUCGCUGAAUCAAUCACACACCAUGUCCUCAAACGGAGCAGCCGAGCGGUAGUUAGCAUUCAGUCCUGGGCAGCGGUGGAGGCUGCGCAUGCGCGUCCCUUUCACCGUGCCUGAAUGCUGUGAAGGGUUUGAGGGGAGAGACCCCGGGGCUGCUUUACUUACGGACUACUGAAAUGGAUGGAGCGGAGCGGAAAAGCGGCGUCCGCGCCAGGCCAGAGCCACAGGCUCCGAGGAGCACCAUGAAAGACAGGAAGGUAAAGGAGGACACGGUCCCAGAGAGAGUGACCCUCAAAAAAGAGAUAGGACUGAUGAGCGCCUGCACUAUUAUUAUAGGUAACAUAAUUGGUUCAGGAAUCUUCAUCUCUCCUAAAGGGGUUCUAGAGCACUCGGGCUCUGUUGGCUUGGCGUUGGUGGUGUGGGUGUUAGGAGGUGGCAUUGCUGCUCUGGGCUCUCUCUGCUAUGCUGAGCUUGGUGUCACCAUUCCCAAGUCAGGGGGGGACUACUCGUAUGUUACAGAGAUUUUUGGAGGCCUUGUAGGGUUCCUUCUGUUAUGGAGUGCUGUGCUGAUCAUGUAUCCCACCACUUUGGCUGUCAUAGCCCUCACCUUCUCCAACUAUGUCCUGCAGCCUGUUUUUCCUAACUGUGUCCCUCCCUAUAUGGCCAUACGAAUGCUCUCCGCCACCUGCAUUUUAUUUCUGACAUGGGUUAACUGCUUCAGUGUGCGUCUAGCCACUCGCAUCCAGGAUAUCUUCACUGUAGGGAAGCUGAUGGCCCUGGGCCUCAUCAUAGCUGUGGGAAUGGUGCAGAUCUAUAAAGGUAACUAUGAGGGUCUUACUCCACAAAUAGCAUUCGACUUCAGUGGCAAUUCUCCAUCAGUGGGGCAGAUUGCUCUGGCUUUCCUUCAGGCCUCAUUUGCUUUCAGUGGCUGGAACUUUCUCAAUUAUGUCACAGAAGAGGUGGUGGAUCCCAGGAGGAAUCUUCCACGUGCUAUUUACAUCUCCAUUCCGCUGGUUACCUGUGUGUACACGCUCACCAAUAUCGCCUACUUCUCCUCCAUGUCUCCAGAAGAGCUGCUUUCCUCUAAUGCUGUGGCUGUAACAUUUGGGGAAAAGUUGCUUGGAAUGUUCUCUACCAUCAUGCCCAUCUCUGUGGCGCUGUCCACCUUUGGAGGAAUUAACGGCUACCUCUUCACCUCAUCCAGGCUUUGUUUCUCUGGUGCAAGAGAAGGACACUUACCCAGCUUACUGGCUAUGAUUCACUUCAAAAGCUGCACCCCUAUCCCAGCUCUGCUUGUUUGUUGCACUGCCACAAUCGUAAUCAUGUGCAUUGGUGAAACACACAACCUCAUAAACUAUGUGUCCUUCAUCAACUACCUCUCUUAUGGAGUCACCAUUGCUGGCUUGCUGUACUACAGAUGGAAGAAGCCAAACCUGUACAGGCCUAUCAAGGUGAGUCUGCUGGUUCCUAUGAGCUAUCUGCUUUUCUGGGCCCUCCUGCUGGGUUUCAGCUUGCACUCAGAGCCUGUGGUCUGUGGGGUGGGUUUGGUCAUCAUGCUUACUGGAGUGCCUGUAUACUUUCUGGGAGUAUACUGGAAAGACAAGCCAAAGUGCAUCUAUGACUUCAUUGAGUGGGCCACAUAUCUGGGUCAGAGGGUGUUUUUUGUGGUUUUCCCCCACAUUGAACCUAUUGAAAUCCUGACACCAACAGAAUGGACUGACAAGUCUUCCAUCACAAGCAAGGCCUCUGGACCUGUUUGACUUUUCUAUAUAUGUAUAUUGUUUUGUUUGUUUGUCCAUUUUAUUCUGUUUUUCAUUUAGACUCUAAAAAUGGGUCCCCCUUAUUUUAAGGCCCUAGAAUUCAGUUCUUGGGUACAUUUUUAAAUGCAGAUGUCCAUGUCUUGUACAAUAUAUAUUUUGUAUGUACUGUUACACACAAUUUAUAUUGUCACGGUUUUAUCUCCUCAAAUAGACUUAAACAGUCAUUUAUAAAGACGUUCUAACCUGCUGUUUAAUAUAUUUAAAAAUUAUCUCGGUUUCAAUCUAUAUUUUUUAUUGUGCCUUACCAGGGAAGAUAUACUGCAACUAGUAAUACGGAAUUGUACUGCAACUGUACUUAUGCUUAAAGCCUAAUGCUUUAUCUGAGGAGCUAUAUCCUGAUCAGCAUUUCAGCCGUUUAAUGUUAGUUAAUAACUUUUAGUUUUGUUUUUUUUGUUUUUUUUUUAGACAUUAAUUUAAUGACACAUAAGCUGUAGUGCUAAACAUAUAUUUAUUGCUAUAUGUAAUUCAGUGAAGUCACUGCAUUACAGCAUUGGUUACCUCUUACAAGAAAAAAUUACAGCUAAAAAUUGUGAGAUCGGAGAUACAUGUAAUAAAAGUAAGCUCAGCAUCAUAGCUCACAUUCACAUUUUUGAGAGCAGUAAGAACAUUCUUUACCUUCUAAUGUUUAAUCUGUGUUAUAUGUCCUUAAAUAUUUCUUAAACGUAUAAUUGUAUUCUUGAACUUUGUACCAUUUAAAAUAAUGCAUUUGAGUAACUUCCCUUGAUAGAGCAUGGUCAUAUCGCCCUACAAACACAGCAGUUGUCUACAAAAACAAAUUGCACUAACAAAUGCAGACUGCACGAUUACAAAUUACCCAUGUUAAAAUAUUCUAAUGUCUAAGUAUGUCUAAGUAUGUCUAAUGAAAUGUGAUAUACAUAUGUAUUCUUUAUGAGCACCCUUUCACAGAAAGCUUUACCAUGUAAGCUUUUGUCCACCUUCUCCAGCAACACUGCCAAUACAAGACCACCGGUAGUCUGUUUGCUGUAAAUAGUUUGUUUAUGAAAACAAGCAGAGGGAAAUGGAGCUAUUAGACCCAACCUGGAAAUGAAUGAAUAGAUGAGUCUGCUAGCUCUGUAUCCCUGUACUGUAAAUAGUUAUGCUUGUAAUAAUGCACAUGGAGCUAAAACACCUCACACGGAAAUCAAGAGGACACACUGCACUUUUUCGGAGUUGUAUAUUUUUACAACUUACUCAUUUUUGCCUAUGCAGACUAUUGAGUUUGCUGUGGCUAGAGAUGAGAUUUGAGAUCAUAAAUUAUUUGUAAAGUUUAUUAAACAGUGGAAGAGGCACGCUCUUGUUGAACUAGGUGUUUUCUGGUCCUUCAUCUUUUUGUAAAUGAAAUGAGCGGUUUAACAGUUACAGCUCGGUGAAUAAAGGAUGAAUAACGCUUU